AUGUGUUCUGAGACGGGCUCCAGGUGCUCAGGCAUGCUGCUCUUGGCCUUGGCCAUCAUGGCCAUCAUCGCCAACCUCCUACUAUACUUUCCCAAUGGGCAGGUGCUGGAGCUUGCCAAGAUUACAGAUUUGGUAUGGUUUUUCCACGGCUUUUUUGGAGCUGGGCUCUUGGUUAUGGUGCCGGCACUAAUGCUGUUGAGAGGCGGUGGAGGAGUUUGCUGUGCUCGCAGAUGUGGGAUGCUGUUCCCUGUGCUUCUGGCCAUACAGGGCACUAUGGGGGCGAUGUACUGUGUGGUCAUUUCUUCACUGGGUCUGCUCAGCGGCCCCUUCUGUGACACAGGCAGUGGAAACUACACCUACCCUUUCAGGAAUAACACCCUGGAGGACAACUACUUAUUCAACCAGCCCACCUGGGCCAUCUGCCGGGAGCCUGAGCAUAUUGUCCUCUGGAAUGUGGUCUUGCUUUCCAUCCUUCUAGGCAUCGGUGUGGUGGAAGCUGUGCUUUGCCUUAGCCAAGCUGCCAGUGGACUCGGCAACAUCUUCUGUGGUACAUGCGUCAGGAAAGGCCAGCCUUCCUCUAGCACCCCCUACUGGUGCUAUUCAUCACAGCUGGCAGAAGAGAAGGGAUUUGCAGAGCCCCCUCCCCAGAGUCAGGAGCACAUAGCCAGGAUGCCUAAUCCUGGGGACUCGAGAAAGCUCUUCAAAGAAAGAGCGCGAGAAUGCUGGCAGAGGGAUGGAGAAGAGAAGUGUUUCAGUCAGAGGUAA